CGUUUAGACCCAAACCAACAACAACGCACUCUCUUUUGGCUUAGACAUCUUCUUCUUCCUCUUGUCCGUCUCUUAUUUUCAUCAGACUCAGAACCCAACCGAACGCCAAAGUUUUACCAACUUCUCUAUACAUACAUAUAUAUAUAUAUAUAUAUAUAUAUAUAUACAUGGGUUGCACUGUAAGGGAGAAGCAUAUCCGUACAAAUCGGAGACCCCGAUCGGUGAAACCAGAAAUUGAUCCAAGUUCUUUCUUAGACAGAGGAUCAAUCCCCAAAUCCAUACUCGAAUCGGGUCUCAAACCGUUGAGUCACCAUCUGGGUCCUAACGAACCGACCCAGAAUCCUAAUAAUUCCAAUCCAAACCCAGUUUCUAAUCCCAACCCUAAUUCCAAUUACGAUGAUAGCGGUUGGGGUUAUUGCACUGAAGAACAGUUGGAGGAGAUUCUGUUUAAAAACUUGGAAUUCUUGUACAAUGAAGCUAUAUCUAAGCUUGUACAAUUGGGUUAUGAUGAGGAUGUUGCGCUUAAAGCUAUUUUGAGGAAUGGCCAUUGCUAUGGAGGAAUGGAUGUUUUAACAAACAUAUUGCAUAACUCUUUGGCAUAUUUGAAUAGUAGUUGUGGUAGUAGUAAUGGGAAUUCUGAUGAGUCUGAGCCCAGUUUCGCUGAUUUGAGGCAGUUGGAGGAGUAUUCACUUGCGGGUAUGGUGUGUUUGUUGCAACAGGUUAGGCCACAUUUGAGUAAAGGUGAUGCCAUGUGGUGUCUGCUAAUGAGUGAUCUCCAUGUGGGUCGUGCUAGUAGUAUGGAAAUUCCGGUUCUUCCUUCGUUGGGUAAUGCCGGUAGUGUAUCUAGUCCCGUUGAGAGUGUUAGUAAUGGUAACCAUUCGGUUGGUGUUGUAACCCCUCCCCUUUGUAGGUUUCAUAGUGGCUGGGGUUUUGGAAAUGGUGGAGGUUCUGAAUUUCCUGUUCCUGGCCUUUUCUCUUAUGGUGCUGAGGUUACUUUGCAAAGAGACAUUGAGUGUCCAAAGAGGUUUAAUCUCUCUCCUUCAAUGAAGUCCUUGUUGAAAAGGAAUGUUGCGAUGUUUGCUGCUGGUUUCCGAGCAAACUCAAAGCAGUUACAGCCACAGGCAGUUCAAGCUUGCCCUAGUACUCUGACGAGUGGGGAUGCCUCGGUUGGCGCUGGUGUGGAAGUUUCUGUCGAUCAGUGUGAGGAGUCUCAAAGUUCAAAGAACCAGGAGGUUGUUAACUCGGUAUUGAACAAAUUUCGUGAUUUGAAUCUUGAUGAAAAUUUAGAGCUUGUGGCUGAAGAUCAGAAGGAUGAAGUUAUAGUAACUCUCCUUCAUCAGAUCAAAGAUCUGGAGAAACAAGUAAAGGAGCGGAAAGAGUGGGCUCACCAGAAGGCAAUGCAAGCUGCAAGAAAGCUUAGUCAUGAUCUAACAGAGCUUAAAAUGCUGAGGAUGGAAAGAGAGGAGACUCAAAGGUUGAAGAAAGGAAAACAAACUCUUGAGGAUACAACUAUGAAGAGACUUUCAGAGAUGGAGAAUGCUCUAAAAAAGGCCAGUGGUCAGGUGGACAGGGCAAAUGCUGCUGUAAGACGCCUUGAGACUGAGAAUGCAGAAAUCAGAGCAGAGAUGGAGGCUUCUAAAUUAAGUGCAGCAGAGUCUGUUACAACUUGUUUGGAGGUUGCAAAGAGAGAGAAGAAGUGCCUGAAGAAGCUUUUAGCUUGGGAAAGGCAGAAGAGUAGGUUGCAGGAGGAGAUUGCUGAAGAGAAAGAGAAGAUUUCAGAGCUGCAACAGAACUUGACUAAGAUCAAGCAGGAUCAGAAAGAAGCUGAGUUAAAGUGGAGACAGGAGGUGAAGGCGAAAGAGCUAGCCCUGACCCAAGUUGAAGAGGAAAGACGUUGCAAGGAAGCAGCUGAGGCUAGUAAUAAAAGAAAGCUCGAGACCUUACGCCUAAAGAUAGAGAUAGAUUUUCAGCGCCACAAGGAUGAUCUCCAAAGGCUUGAACAAGAACUUUCACGUCUAAAAGCAUCGACUCAGUUUACUGAAUUGCAUAAUCCACCAAGUACUUUGUCCACUGGAAACUUUGAGGGGGCAAAGCCUCAAGGAGAAACAAUUGCGAGGCUGCUUCGAGAAUUAGAUAAUCUGGAGGAUUCUUCUGAGAAAGAAGUGAAUUCUGAUAGGGAAUGCAUAAUAUGUAUGAAAGACGAAGUCUCGAUUGUCUUCUUGCCAUGUGCUCAUCAAGUUCUGUGUGCGAGCUGCAGUGAUGAUUUUGGGAAGAAGGGUAGAGCUACAUGUCCAUGUUGCCGGGUUCCAAUUGAACAGAGAAUUCGUGUUUAUGGUGCAAGUUCGUAAAUUGGCUAGAAGUAUUAUGCAACCAGCCUUUGCUUUUUCUGGCAUGCUAAAUGAUUUUGUUUUCUUAUUUGCAUAAAUCAUUCUGAACUUGUUAGAAUGUAUUGUGGGUACAUCAGCAAAAUCAGAAUGCAUGUAAAUAAAUAAAAAAAAAAAAAAAAAAAGGUUUAUGUUUUAUGCUUCCAACUUGGAACACAAGUAAUAUGCUAAGUUGGUUGUGACUUUUGAGACCUUUUUUCUUUUCGGACAUAAUAAGAGAUAUAUCCUUUUGAGACUUUGAAA